AUGACUAAAAAUUGGCACAAAGAUUUAAAACCACAAUACAGAUUUCCUAAUUGUCCAAGAUUUGUUAAUUCAAUUUAUGAAUCCAAGUUUGAAUAUAAUCUUGAGCUUAAAGAUAACAAGAUAGUGUUUUCUAUUUUUGAUGUCAUUGAUAAUCUUAAGAUAAAAAAUUAG